AGAAGUCUUUGCUUUAAGAGAUUAUAAGAAAAAAUGUCUAAUUUGAAUUGCAUAUUGCUGUUAAGCCUUGCUCCAUUUUUUACUUUGGCUGGUGCUACUCAGCACAAAGUUGGUGGGUCAAUGGGUUGGACUGUGCCGACCGACCCGAAUUCAAUGUCUUAUAAUCAAUGGGCCGAAAAAAAUCGGUUUCAGAUCGGCGAUACAUUAUUGUUUGUGUACCAACCUGAUCAAGACUCAGUUCUCCAAGUGGACAAAAUCGCUUACAAACAUUGCAACACCUCAUCAUACAUAGCCAGAUUUGAUGAUGGCAAUACUGUCUUCACCCUGAACAUGUCUGGUCCCUUCUACUUCAUCAGCGGAGUUGAAGGGAAUUGCAUCAGGAAUGAAUCAUUAAUCGUCGUAGUCAUGGCUGAUAAAAGCAUUUCAUCAGCCUCUCAUCCUCCACCACCAUCACCAGAAUCUGUGUCUCCUCCUCCACCGAUGGAAGGUACUACACCAUCCCCUGCUCCUGAAGUUGCAGCUUCUGUUCCUCCCCCUUCUCCUCCUAGUGGAGCAUCCAUGAAGUUGGUAAGCUACUUUGGCUUAGUUGGAGGUGGAGUUGGGUUAUUGUUAUUUGUUUUGUGAAGAGUUUGAGAGUGUGGGAAUUAGGAUUUUGGUGUUUGGUGGAGGGUAUAUUUUCAUUUGUAUGGCGUGAAUAAAGGUCAUGUGUCUCAAAUGUUUUAUGGGAAAUUAUAAUAUAAUCAAAAAGAUAAAUUUUUAAUUUUUUUAA